UUUAAAAGCUCCGCUCUGAGGGCAGUGUGAGCCCAGCGCUCUGCGAACUGAAUAACGAGGUUGUGAGCUAAAUUAUGUAAUAUUCUGUGUGAAGAAGAGGAUAAUAAAGAAGAGCGGGUUUUGCAUGUUUUUUAAAUGGGAAAUCUGUUGGGCAGCUGGCGUUUCAAGGAGCCGAGUACCGUUGAGGAAUGCGACUCGACGUGGGGAUCGGACUCGGAGAGCGACGAGCCGGCGGCUGAAGAUGACAGCGGCAUCUCCGACUCCGUCAGCGCGGCGGAGAGCGACCGGGCCGCCGGAGACCCUGGAGACUCGUCCCCGCAGCUGACUGACUCCCCAGAGUCUGUUCCAAAGAUGAAGAGGAGUUUCUAUGCUGCAAGGGACCUCUACAAAUACCGUCACAGCUACCCGAACUACAAAAGGCCGCGGCAACCCAACGAGUACCGUAACCUACGCUUCUAUCUGAACAAGAUCCCUCUAGUACCUGAUGGUAUCUAUAUAGAGGAGAUUCUGUCUAAGUGGCGAGGCGACUACGACAAACUGGAGCACAAUCACACCUACAUUCAGUGGCUGUUCCCAUUAAGAGAACAAGGGCUCAACUUCUACGCACAUGAACUGACUCAGGAUGAGAUCAAAGAAUUCCAAAGCACUCGUGAAGCUAAGAGGAGAUUCCUGGCGGCCUACUCCCUGAUGUUGGACUUCUACGGCAUCAAACUGCUGGAUAAGAGCGGAAAUGUUGCUCGUGCUUCUAACUGGCACGAGCGCUUCCAGCACCUUAAUGAGUCCCAGCACAACUACCUGCGGAUCACUCGCAUCCUGAAGUCUCUGGGUGAACUGGGUUACGAGGCAUUCAAGGCCCCACUGGUUCGCCUCUUCCUGGAGGAGUCGCUGUGCCACAACACCCUUCCAAACAUGCAGCACAGCGUCCUGGAGUACUACGUCUACACCAUCCGCCUCCCGGCCACCCGCAGACGCCUGCUUCGCUACGCCCGCCAGCACUACAGGCCCGCCCACGCCUUCCUCUGGGGUCCACCACCUAAAAGGCGAAGUGGAAGCGGCGGCACCGGAGGUAGUGUGGGUGCUGGGAGCAGUGGGAUCAGAGCACCUGCUCCAACACCAGAGCAACAGAGGAGAGAGGAGGACAGCACCACCUCUACAAGAAAUGCGAUUAUUGUGUCUUCCCAUGAUGCCAUGAUGUGCCAGGAUUUGGCUGGAGGAGGACUGAAGGGCUGCACAGUACUCGGGUCUAAUAUGGCUGGACUGGAGGGGGCGUUGAUGUUGGUGGGAACUAGAGGAGGGAGGAGCGAGUAUAAAGAAGUUGUUCCUUUGUAGGGAAUAGGAAUAAGGUUGGAUUGUUCAGGUUUUACAGCAGAAAAAACAAAAAAAAAACUUUUUGAAAUUAAACCAAUUCAAUUGUAACAAACGAAGAAGAACUUUACUCUUAGCAGACCCCAUAGGACUCUGAAACCCAGGGUCAGGACAGUAAAACUCAUUAAUAGUUAUAGCUUGGAAUCUGAUAAACGUGUUAUUAGAAUCAAUUCAGGUUAAGGGCUUAACAUAAACUAUGAUAGUAUUCAUUGCAGAUUAUUCAGUUUUACUGUAUUAGGGAUAAUGAUGUGGGACUGGGGUGUUUGGGGGGGCUGGGAGGUCGUAUACUGAGCCAAGCUAAACAAUCUCGCCUUGGACCAAAUCCCAAAACCAUCUGAACCAGGAGAGACCCAAGAAAGAAAGAAAGAAAGACAGAAGACUGCCUUAUUUAAUGUUGGAUCUGUGGCAGGUGUGAAAUAUGGUUUCUGAUUCAAGAGCAUGUUAGGACCAAAGCUUACCUGCUGAUUGGCAUGUUGGUCACAUGAUGGUUUUGGGAAACUGUCCUGCCUACUCAUCAAACACUGUAGCUGGAGUUCCACUGAGCAGCAAGCUGGACUGAGCUCACUUUGUACAGGCGCUGUAAAGUGAAAAUUAUAAUGUGAAGAGCGAGAUCAGGGAGUUUUUUCCUCUUUUUUUUCAAAUUCUGUGAAGUGAUAUUAGGGGUACAUAAAAGAGGCCAACUGGCUGGGGUGGGUGGGUUUGUCAUAGCAAUACAUGGAAACCAUAUUUUUGAGCUUGACUUGAAAUUCUCGUGACAAUAAUAAUAAUAAUAGGCACAACUCAAUAUUUAUCUGCUUUUUUUUCAAUUUUACUGUCUUCAAGUUGAAGGUAGCAGCUCCCUCUGAAAAUUGUACAGAACUAUAGAGCAAAAAAAGAGACUUGUUUGUGACUUUAUAUCUAUAAGAAACAGUUAAGAAUAGAGGCUUUUUAGUGACAUCAAAACUCUCCUGUAAACUACGACUGGCACCAUGGAGGUCUGCUUGAACAGUGGCUAGGUACAACUGACAGCUAAAUAUACCCUAAUAUUUUCAGCAAGACCUAGCUAAAACUAGUAUAACAGUCUCCUAUAGUAAAUCCUCCUUCAUGAAGGUUAAAAUAUUCAGUAAUUGAUAAAACUGUGCUAAAGAGGUGUUGAAUCCAGUCUAUGAUGCCGUUGAACUGCAUUGCAUUAUGUACCUACCCUCAUUCAAAACAAUGAGGGUAGGCUAAACUAGUAGUUAAUUAUUCCCCUCCUUGCCGGGGACCCUAAGGCCCCUGGGUGAAAACCGCUGGCCGAAACAACUGAUUUACAGCUCUUUGUAUAAUUCAAUACACUUCAACAGCACCUCAAACUGCAGCCUCCCAAAUGAUCAACAGUUGAACAAAAACUGAACAUUAUAACCUUCAUGAAGGAGGAUUUAUUUUUAGGCUGUUGUAUUAGACAUUUUAUCUAGGUGGACUUAAUUAACUGCCAGUUGAGUUUGGUAUCCAUGUUGUUUCAGGGAAAGGGGGCAGUGUCAUUUGUUUUUGAAAAUGUAGAUUACUGUGUCUUUUUUAACACUAGUUUAUAUGCAAAAAUUACCACAUUAAACGUUCAGAUAGAUAAGUAGUUAACAAGCUAAUUUAGAGUAAAAUAAAAAUGAUAACACUGGCUGGUAGAGGUCGUUUCAGAGAGAUACAUCCUCCAUUUUGUAUUAACAAUGGAAAUAGGUCUAGUUUAGGCUAACAGGGCAAGCAAUAGAUCAAAGUGCAUUUUAUUUUACAUGAUCUGUUGUGCUUCUAUAGACUGUGAAUAUUAAAUAAGAUCAAAUAUUACACUUUUAUCUCAAAUUAAAAUGGUAUUUGAAUUUUCAAAUUAGAAAGCUAGAAAGAAACUACUAUGGUUUUAGGGCUAACAUGCUAACAUUCAUGACAAAACGAUUUCAUCAUCAGUACCAGAAAACCUCCAACAUGGCUGCCACAGGGUGUGUUGUGCCACCUAAAAGCCUUCUGCACUUAACUGAACAUGGUGAAUGAAGUUAAUGUAUCACAGAUGGUGUGUCGUGUGUUGCACUUUUUUGACAAUCUGUGUCUUCCAGUCGAAAGCGCUGUAGGUUUCUUUCUCCAAAUUAUGGAUCUACAUAUAUAAUCUUAUGAAUGGUCAGGAACUUGCUGCGUGAUGAACAUUAUUGAUUGUUAUAUACUAUAUAAUCUAACCUUGCAAUAAUUUGGCUAAAUGAUAUGUAAAAUUUAACCAUGUUAUACGUAUGUAGUUUUCAACCAGGCAACACAUAAUAAUUGGUGAUGCUGUUGACUUUGUUGAAUACAACAAUUAAAAGCUUGUAGGGCUAAGUUUGUAUAAGUGCUACUGCUGAUAUCUUUGUUAGAUAUUCAAUUUAUUCAAAAUUGUACAUUUACAUAACAAAAAAUGUCCCACAAAAAUAUGAUUUCUCGCUGGAUCUGUACUCUAAUGAGGGUGCAGGAUCCAAUAGCAUGUAGACCAUUAUUCUAACUGAGCUUUUCACUGACAGCCAAACUUUUUUUUUUUUUUUUUUUAAUUAAGAAUGUCAUCUUCCCAAGGCCAUCAUAUCAUCACCGUCAUCAUAUCAUAUCAGAUGUUGGCAGCAUCACCUUGCUUGUGUUUGUGCUCGUGCAAUAGAUAGAUAGAUAUCUGUGAAACUAAAAGCCAUGUGAGGUGUAAUGCGGCGGCAGUGCGUACGAUCGGGACUUCAACGCUUCCUCCUGACUGGUUCAGCUGUUCUUCCUGUAGGAUAUGGCCUUGUUUUUCGUUAUCUGACAAGGCCUCUACACCGCUUCCCCAGCCAAGUGUAUCUGAUAUAAUUGUAAAAAAUAACUUCAGGUGAAUAAUGUGAUCACAUGGGCUCAAGUAUCUCAAUUUUUAGUAUAUUGUACGUGUACAUAUAUGUGUGUGAGUGCGUGUGGGUAUGUGUGUAUCUGAUAUUCUUAAGUGCCUCUUUUGUAUUUUUUAUGUUUAUCUGUAUGUUUUAAGGAGUGUCUUUCCCAGCUAAUUUCCUGUACAUCCUGUUUUUUGUACAGCAUUUUGAUAUUUACAUUAUUGUUUUCAUUAUAGUCAUACACAGUACAGUAUGAGUAACAUUAAUGUACAGUUACAGCAGGAAUAAAUCCCAUAGGAACUGGUAUAGAGGAGAGGUUAAUAAUAUAUAAUACUUGAAACUGUUUGUAUCUUGCUUAUUGAUUAAAAUGUGAUUGUUCCAUAGAUGACUAUUCACUAAGCUUGCUGAACA